AUGACCAACUCCCAAUGCAUUACGGAUUGGUACAACCAAAAUGCCACUCUGGAGCACGAUCGGCUUAAUGCCUGUCGUCUUGAAUUUUCGAUUUCGAUGAGGAAACCACUAAAGAUCCUAGAUCUGGGAGGAGGUACCGGUCGAUAUGCUGUCGAGCUUACGCGAAAGGGCCAUUCUGUUACCCUCGUCGAUAUAUCGCAGUCAGAGCUCGACAUCGCAAAGUGCUUCGCUGCCGAGUCUGGCGUAACUCUAGAUGCCAUUGUCCAGGCUGAUGCGAAAGCAAUACAACUACACACAGAUAAGGACGAUCCUAAAACUGUUUUUGCCGCAUCAUCAUAUGACAUGAUCCUCUGCCAGGGUCCAAUGUACCACCUUGAAGAGUCUGAACGUUCCAAAGUCCUUUGCACCUGCGCCACUCUACUUCGCCCCGGAGGAUUUCUUCUCAUCGCAUUUGUCACUCAAUACGCGCAUCUCAGAGAUAUUGCUCAACGAGACCCGGCGCGUCUUGCGGCGGAGUACGACGGCUUUUACAGAGAGUAUCUCUUGUCGGGCAAAUAUACAAGAAACCCAUCUGGUGCAAUGCACCAUACGCAUGUCAGCGAAAUCAAGGAGCUUUUUAGAACAGUUGAUGGGCUCUGCACAGCUCAGCAUACGUUGGGAAUUAUUUUAAAUAGAAUUGUGCCUUGCGAAGGGUUUCUUGGUGGAGGGCUAUCUUCAAAGCUGGUGACCUUGCCACAAAAAGACUACGAGCUUUGGGUGGAUGUUGUGAUGCAGUUUACAGAUGAUGAGGCACUACUGGGGAAUGCGGAUCAUUUGCUGGCAGUCGCUGAAAGAAGGCAAUAA